AUGGUGAGAAUGCGGCCGCAGCCCCCCAUUUUUGAAUUCACCAAACAAUUGAAAGUUAUUGUCAAUUUGAAACAAUACUCGGUUGCCCUCAAACUGUUCGACGAAAUGCGUGAACUGGGUGCCCCUGUAAAUGAGUACACAAUGACCAUCUUGAUUAAUUGUUGUUGCCUUUUGAAACGUGUAGACGUUGGUUUUGCUAUCUUCGGCGUCUUCUUUAAACACGGUUACGAGCCAGAUGUUACGACAUUCACCGCUCUCCUAAAAGGGCUCUUUUUAAAUGGUAAGGUGGCCGAGGCGGAGAAAUUGUUCAAGAAGCUUUUGACUUCGAAAAUUUGCGAGCCUAACGAAGUUACGAUUCUUACUGUGAUAGAUGGGCUCUGCAAAACUGGACAUGUUCUUGCUGCCCAUGAUUUGCUUUUCUUAUUGGAAAAGACUAUUUAUAAACCCAAUGUUAAGGCUUAUAAUGCGGUAAUUAAUGGCUUAUGCAAGACUGAAAUGGUGGAUAAUGCACUCGAGCUCAAGUCUAGAAUGGUUGAUAAGGGCAUUUCACCUGACGUUGUCACAUAUAACUCCAUGAUUCAGGGCUUGUGCGAUUUUGGUAGAUGGAAAGAGGUCAAAGACUUACUGAAUGAAAUGGUGAAUCACAAGAUUCCGUUAGAUGUUGUUACUUUUACUGUAUUGGUGGACGCAUUUUGCAAGGAAGGAAAUAUUAAAGAGGCUGAGGAUGUUUUGAAAAUUAUGAAGCAACAAAAUAUUCGUCCUGAUAUUUUCACGUACAAUGCGUUGAUGGAUGGGUAUUGUUUGCAAGGGAAAAUGGAAAAGGCGAAACAAGUAUUUGAUUCUAUAACGGGCGACGGCCUUAAGCCAUGCAGAAUUGCCGAUGGAUGGAAACUAUUCAACUAUAUGGAAGCUCGGCACGUACGUCCAGAUUUACAUACUUGCAAUAUUUUGUUGGAUAGUUUGUGCAAAACUCAUCAGAUUGCCGAAGCAUUUUCGUUUCUACGGGUGAUGGAAGACAAAGGAUUAAUUCCUAAUAUAGUCACAUACGGUAUCUUGAUUAAUGGUUUGUGCAACGAUGGGAAACUUGAAGAGGCAAAAAAGCUUUUAAAAGAACUUCCGUCCAAGGAUGGAUUUGUCGACGAGGCAAAAGAUUUGCUUAUAAAAAUGGAGAGAAGCGGUUGUGUACCGAAUAGCGUGACAUACAACGUCAUUAUCCAUUGCUUGUUGAAGAAGAAAGAACUUGACAAGGCAAUGCCAUUCUUAGAGGAAAUGAACAAAAGGGGAUUCUCAGCCGAUGAAGCUUCAUGUUAA